CCUUUCUUAUUUUUUGUUUCUAGGUUACUCGACAAUUCCUGGAACACUUAAACAGAGUGAGAGCACAAUACAACGUACCACCGGUGUCGUGGAGCACAGCUGUUCGCUUCCUUAUGGCAAGGAAAUUUGAUGUGAAAAGGGCUCUCGAACUGUUCAGAAAUCAUGGGGAAUUGAGAGUUCGGGAAGGAUUGUUAAACUUUAACCCCACCGAGGAACCAGUUAGCAGAGAGUUAUUAUCAGAAAAAUUCACAGUCCUGCCAUUACGAGAUGGUGCUGGCGCUGCCAUUGCACUCUUUUCAGCUCGCUACCACACUCCCAACUCCACACCCACGCAGGCAGUACUUCAAGCUGCUGUUUUUCAACUUGACCAAGCCCUUAGCAGUUACGAGACACAGAGAAACGGAUUAACAUGGAUCUACAACAUGACUGGAUCUUCUUUCACAAACUUUGAUUUGAAUAUGAGCAAGAAGCUACUGGGCAUGCUCAGAGAUGGGUAUCCGGCAAGAUUAAAGCGUAUCUACGUCGUCACGCCCCCUCUAUGGUUCAAAGCCAUGUACAAGAUCCUCACGCCACUUUUGAAGGAGAAAAUCAAGGAGAGGGUAACCCUGGUAAGUGCUGAAAGACUAUGUCGAUACCUCCCUGCCACCUCGCUACCCAAAGACCUCGGUGGAACGGCAGAUGUCAAACACCUAGACUGGCUCAACUCGUGUCUGGACCAAAACAGCGAUAAGAACCGCAACUCACGGGACCUCAGUGACUCCCUAGUGGAUACUCCAGAGGCCUUGGAGGCCAACCAGAAAGCAGUAGAACUGUACGCCCCAGAGAGGAUCGAUAGGAUUUCAGAUAUAGACUCCCCUUCGGCUGGAUUCUUAGUGGACAUUAGCCAUAGAGGUAGUACGGACAGUCUGCAGUCGAGCCACAGUGGCACGCUGUCGGACCCCAUACGUGGCAGCAUUGAGGACAUGAAAACAAAUUGUAGUAGUAGUGACAGCGCCAACGGUACAGGUAACGGUCAACUCAUCACGGACUCCAGGGGCAAUGGCUCCUUAAAAGACCACAUGUUUUGCGAAAUGGAUGAGGAGAAGAUCCAAAAGGACGCUAAGGAAAAACACGAAAUGGAAAUUGUCGAGAAGGACGGAGACAGCGACGGGAUCCCGGAGGGUCCGCCGCCCAAACCACCCCGUCCCCGACCCAACGAUUCACCACCCCCGGUUCCAGAUCGAAAGGAUCUACCUGUUUUCUCUGCCACGGAAUCGGUGCAUCAGCCAACGGAUAGCGGCAUGGACAUAGAGGCCUUGGUAUCCUAUAUCCUCAAUAUGAGGCAAAGUGGUAUUUAUAAGGAGUAUGCAGCUAUCCGAGCCGAACCACCAGCAGGAACAUUCUAUGCAUCAAAACAUCGAUUGAAUGUGCACAAGAACCGGUAUGCCGAUGUCCUCUGCUACGACCAUUCCAGAGUUUUCCUACCUUUACUCAAUGGCGAUCCUUACUCAGAUUACCUCAAUGCUAACUACAUGGACGGAUACAAGCAGAAAAAUGCCUUCAUUGCUACACAGGGCCCCUUACCAAAGACUUUCAGUGACUUCUGGCUGAUGAUUUGGGAAAACCAGGUGAGAACGAUCGUCAUGACGACCAGGACGGUGGAAAGAGGGAGGUUGAAGUGCGGUCAGUACUGGCCCCUGGAGGAAGGAACGUCGGGAGACUACGGCAAGAUAUCUGUUGCCAAUUUGGAGGUGGAGACGAGGAGGGAUUACACCAUCACUUUGCUGACAGUUCACAAUAGCUCAACUGGGGAAAGCAGGAGAAUAACCCACUUUCAGUUUACGAGCUGGCCCGACUUUGGGACGCCCCGAUCUGCCCUAGCCAUGCUGGAGUUCCGGGAGGAAGUUCGGCAGUACCAGUCGACAUCUGUCAAGGAAAUGGGAGAGGACUGGACUGAACACCCAGGAGGUCCACCCAUAGUGGUCCAUUGCAGUGCUGGUAUCGGCAGAACAGGAACCUUCUGUACGUUGGACAUCAGUUUAGCUCGCCUGGAGGAUGUUGGCACCAUCGAUGUCUGCAACACGGUGCGUCUGAUGAGAGCCCAGCGUGCCUACAGCAUCCAGACCCCAGACCAGUACGAGUUCUGUUACUUUGCUCUGGUGGAGUAUGCACAGCGCGGCGACAAGCUCCCGUCAUCCAUAGACUUCCGUGGGUACGAGGACAGUGAAAGUGACAGUGACGACUAGAACUCUACUUCAAAGCUUACUGCAGUGACCCUUUGUUGGUCACAAAGACUUAUAAAGGUGGAAACAGAUUAAGAGUGGAAAGAGUCUUAGAUAUCUCUGGAUAAAGCAAGAUCAGGUGGUCCGUAGAAUCACUGCAAAGGAUGGAGAGAUUCCAUAAAGUUGAAAUUUUCCCAUGAAUGGAGUUUCUUAGAGAGAGUGGCAGCUGCAUUUAUACCUCGUCGUCACUAACUCCUGAUGAUGGUAUUUGAAUAAGGUGGAAUGACACAAGUCAGUUUGGCGUAAUGCGUCGUACAGGUAGUUGUGCCUUGUUGUCCCAAAGUUCUGUUGAGAUGUUUCCAAUGGUAGAGGCCCUCUCGGAAUCCUUGAGGCUUGGACCUGAAUAUGACCUUCUUCUGGAACUGAGGCAGAAGCAGAGAUGGGGUACUCAACGGAACUGUCCGAUGGACAGGGAUGUCUACACAAGACUAGAUCUCAGCGAAGGGAUCUUCAAAGGAAUGGACAACACUGGUCCAGCUCUACAUGUUGAGGAUUGUAAGCCUGUUGAUGACUGAAUUCUGUAUUCCCUUAGACUUGGUACAGGGAUUACCCGGUGCCCUUAGACAACGGCCUAGUACAAAGGUCCUGGUCUGGUAAGGAGUACCACCUGAAUGACUCCUGUCUCAUACAACCCAAGGAAACUCUUUUCUAUUAGAGGAUUGGCCAGCGUAGACUUGAAACACAGCUGUUAACAUUAUCGUCCUUUGGAACAGAGUAAUGACUUAUGUUAAAAAACGUGUCAUUAACGUUUGACAUUCAGAAAGUUAAGAUUUCCGAGUGAUAUACUUGCAUCCGCUACGUGUUGACAGUCAAGAAGCAGGAAUCCCCCCAGAGACUACGUUGGAGACUUCUACCAAAAUAUAGAGGCUUGUCCCGGCACAAAGUGAAUAAACGUGGGAAUGUACAGCGAUGCCUGUUCCAAGAAUUUCAAAGCAUAUUAAGCUUUGACAGACUUUCUGGCCCUCAAUGAAAGACAUGUUUGAUUCCCAGGAGGGAAGCACGUAGUGACCUCAAUGUAGUAUCCAGUAUUUUAGUAAAUUCAGUAUAAAAAUUAUGUCAAAUGAUUAUUUUUUUUCGGGUAUGUGCGAAAGGGUUGAAAAGAUGAUAUUCUGUCAUAAAUAAAAAAGAGAAAAUACUAUAUAUUUUAUAAUUUCUGCCUAUUUAUAUUAACCAUAAGAGGUGGUGUGGUGGUGUACGAGACUUUACGGUAAAAUAAUAGUUCAGGGGGGUGUUUCACAAAGAGCAAGUAUGACCAAAUGUCAUCUCAUUGAUUAGUAUGUGAAACCGUUCCAUGAGCUUGUAUUGACUGGCCAAUGCAGUGGUGCGUAAUGUUUCACAUGCAAAAUGAUUUUUAAUCAGACUCGAGUCUUUAUGAAACACCCCCCCAAAUUGAUUAUGUCUGUUGCAUAUGAUCGUGUAUAUAUUUAUAUAUUUAAGUAUACUAUUUAGUUUCAAAGAUGUAAAUGAUACUGUUGACCAUGUACAUGCUUGUGUUAUUGUCAUCUGUGUUUGGUAUGCCACAUGAGGUUGUUUCUUGAUGAUUGUUGUUGAAGCACAGAUUUGCUCCUAUCAUGAAUAAUAGUGUUGAUUUUGCAGUCAUUUUGUGGCCAAUUUGCGUUCUAAGGAUCAUCUGCUUUUUUUCAUCAAGAAGAAAGAUGAAUCAAGAGAUUUUUAGUUCCCCAAUAAAGUUAUUAAUUCUACGGAG